AAACUGAAGGUGCAUUAACAUAGAGGCAGAGAGAUUCACGCUUCUCCCAUAACUGCACUCUAAUUUACGAAAGGAACGCGACGAUAUCAAGUAAACAACGUGUGCCUGUGUGAGUGUCGAAUAACGUUCGUUUCGUGGCGUGCAUUAAAUUCGAAUGUGCAGUAGGAGACUUAACCUUAAAUCAUGUCGACGGGUGAUUCGACGAAUGAAAAGUACAAUGGAGAAUACAUCGAAGAUCCCGGAUCAGAGCUCGAUCAGGAUCGUUCCUACAAUUUAUUAAAAGUUGAACACGAAAGGUGCAAACAAGAGAUUUACGAUUUAAAACGAAAACUUCAAUUAAACGAAGCGAUGCUACGUGAUGUUAACGAAGCAAACGAAUCACUCGAGCGUUUAUUUAACCAACGAAUGUCCGAGAACGAACAGCUUAUGUGCCAAGUUAAAGAAAAACAUCGCACCCUCGUGAAAGAAUAUGAAAACACCAUUUCAAAUUUGGAAACAAAAUCAGCCGAACAAACGAGAGAAAUUGAAGAAUUACGACAACGAGCAGAUCAAUCCGCAACGAAUCAAUGCAUAUAUAUCGUAAAUCAUCAAUCCGCAGAUAUUUCUCUCAACACAGACGAUAUCUCGUUGAAGAAUCGCAUCGAUGAACUUUUAUCAAUUCAGCAAGAAGAGAGAAAGAAAUACGAACACGCGGAACAAUCGAUCGCGGAAUUGAAAUCUCGAUGUGAACAUUACGAAUGUUACGUUCAAGGUAUCAAAGAACAAUUGGACGAGAAAGAUCAAAUUUUGGAGGAAAUACGCGCAGAACUUGCUUUGAAACGUUCAGAGGUGGAAUCACUUCGAACAGAUCCUACCCGUGAAUCGUGCAAAGGCAAUUCAUUAUUUGCUGAAGUGGAAGAUCGGCGACAGAAUGUAGUAAGCAAAAUGAAUGCGUUGCGCGAAAAAUACGCGGAACUGAAACGCACAUGUAAAUUGCAAAUUGCGGAGAUCAAAUCACUGAGAACACAACGUGCUGCGAUACUUAGAAAAUUAGAGAACGAUGCACAUUAUACACUGACAGAAAACAUGGAAUUGGUUCAAAAAUACAAAAAUAGAAUAUCAGAUCUUGAAAACAAAUUAAAGUCUGAGAUCAAGAGGAACAGAGAAUUCGACUCGAAUUGCAGCGAUGCAUCUUUUAGAUACUUUCAAUCCCUGCUCGACACUAAGAAAAAUGAAACGGUCGAACUUCGUAUAAAAGUCGAAGAUCUUUGUACAAAACUUUUGCUACAGGAGGAAACAAAAAUAAGUAUCACCAAACAAUUACACUAUUGGCGUUGCAAAGCUUCCUCGUUAGAGGAUCAAAUUCACGCCGUGCAAGCAAAGUUAAAAUUAAGUGCUGCAAAUGAUGCGGAACAUGAGGUUUUGAGAGAGCUCAAAGAUCUCACGUAUAAGUGCAACAUCGAUGAUGAAACAACGACUGAUGAAAAGCAAUCCGUUCCUAACCAACGAUCAAAGAAUUCUGUUCAACCGUCGCUAAAUUAUUCUUUUGAAAUUAAGCAUACAGAUUGUUCAAUCGAGAAUUCGGAAAGGUGUAAAGCUCACAGACAAAGAACAGACAAAGAAAAUUGUAAUCACAGCAGCGGAACUACAGAACUCAAAAUUAUCACACCCAAAAAGUCAUGCAAGUUUCUAUGUAACCAAACUACUGAUAAGAACGAGGACAAACUUUUGGCCAAAUUUCCUCACUCUACGAAGAAUGCAACUACUCAAGAGAGUAAGAUUUUGCCAGGUGCCGCAGAAUGUGAAUAUCCUGUUAUUUAUAUACCAGCUAAUCUCAAUGAUGAAUAAAAAUUUAUAAUGUAUAAAAAUUACGAACGUCUCCGGUACAAAGAAAUAAUUUAAUUUUUAUAUGCAUAAGCGUAAUAAAAGUAAUAAAGCAAC